UGCCUCGGCCUCCCAAAGUGCUGGGAUUACAGGUGUGAGCCACUGCGCCGGCCCAGCGUGACUUCUCAAUUUGCAAUUACAAAGCCGUCGGACGCCACUUCACGCUUCUCACCACCAACCCAACCACCCAGCUCCCCGCCUCGUCAGGAGGAAGAAGGUGCCAUCAUGCCACUGGGAAGCUCACACGGGCCAGAAGCCGAGACUCCUGAGAGCGGAUCCGCCGACAUGAACCCCGUCUUGGUGGUCCACGGCGGAGCUGGCCCCGUGUCCGAGGAUGUGAAGGAGCGACUGCGCCAGGGCAUCAUCAGAGCCGCCACCGUGGGCUACUGCAUCCUCCGGGAGGGCGGCAGCGCCGUGGACGCCGUGGAGGGAGCUGUGGUCACCCUGGAAGACAAUCCGGACUUCAACGCAGGUUGUGGGUCUAUCUUGAACACAAAUGGUGAGGUUGAAAUGGACGCCAGUAUCAUGGAGGGAAAAGACCUGUCUACAGGAGCAGUGUCCGCAGUCCGGGGUAUAGCAAAUCCCAUUAAACUUGCUCGGCUUGUCAAGGAAAAGACACCUCAUUGCUUUCUGACUCACCAUGGUGCAGCACAAUUUGCAGCAGCUAUGGGAGUUCCAGAGAUUCCUGCUGAAAAUCUGAUAACAGAGGAAAACAAAAAGCUCCUGGAAAAAGAGAAGCGAGAAAAACAGGCUCAGGAAACAGAAAGUGAACCCGGAAACUUGGAAACUGUGGGUGCUGUUGCCUUGGACUGCAAAGGGAAUGUGGCCUACGCAACCUCUACAGGGGGUCUCGUUAAUAAAAUGGUCGGCCGCGUCGGGGACUCGCCGUGUGUAGGAUCCGGAGGUUAUGCUGACAGUAACAUCGGAGCCAUCUCAACCACAGGGCACGGGGAAAGCAUCCUGAAGGUGAACCUGGCCAGACUCACUCUGUACCACAUGGAACAAGGAAAGACGGUAGAAGAGGCUGCGGACCUAUCGUUGGGUUAUAUGAAGUCAAGAGUCAAAGGUUUAGGUGGCCUCAUCUUGGUUAGCAAGACAGGAGACUGGGUGGCGAAGUGGACCACCACCUCCAUGCCCUGGGCAGCCGCCAAGGACGGCAAGCUGCAAUUUGGAAUUGAUCCUGGCGAAACUACCAUCAAAGACCUGGCCUAAGUCCCUGGAAGACUGUGUUCCAGAUGCUAGCUUAGAGGAAGGGUACAGUCUCCUCAUGAGACACAGCCUAAUCAAUUAUAUCUAGAAAUGGAAACAAAUUGUGCAGCCUAUCACUUGCUUUGUUGCCUUAAUAAUCAUCUGAAUGUUUGAUUGAGGGGUGGGUUCUGAAGUCACGAGACACAUGCCUGUAUUAGGAGGAUUGCUUGAGCCUGGGAGGUCAAAGCUGAGGUGAGCCAUAGGUACUCCACUGUAUGCCAGCCUGGGUGCACAAGAACAUCAGGGAAAAGAACCAAAAUCCUUUAAGGGAAAUACUCUAUGUAUGAGAGACUAAACUGAUUUUCCUAAGAAAGUUCAGAUCUUCGCUGACUUAUCUGAAUGUUUCCAGAUAUUUCCAAAGGACCCAGAUACUCCCAAAGAAACCAUAGCUCCCUAACCUGGAGAUGGAAGGUCAUAAUGGAGGCGCUGUGGGAUUCCGUGAAGUUUCUUGGAUUCAGAGAUGAGCCUCCCUCAGUGUUCUCCCAUGAGCCAGACUCCACCUGCCGAACACCCUCUGGUCCUCGUAUAGCGAGUGACGGAACUCACAGCCUCUCCAACAACAGACAGGAGCCGACCGCUGUAGGGCUGAUCCCAUGACUUCCUGCGUCCUCAUCCUGUUUUGUGCUUUGAGAUUCUUCCCACCUCCCCAUCCCCAGCAGCUGGAUCGGGCGCUGUGCAGUGUGGUCAGCAUGCUGAAGAAAGUCAUUUCCUUGGGGACAAUAUUCCCCUUUAUCUCCUGUUACACUGGAAAUGCGACAUGUAAUGUAAUUCCACUGUAAUAUCCAUGCUCAGGUUUUUAGUGUCUCAGGGUUCACCUUCUCUCUGGAAAGAAAUUGCCUAACUUUUACAUUCCAUGUGCUGCUAAUAAAAUGUAUUUUGAAAGAGUAA